AUGGCCAAGUGUCAUUCGAAUCUGCCACGGGGGAUACGGUUCAGUCCGACGGACGAGGAACUCAUCGACUACUUGAGGCCAAAGAUCACUGGGAAUGAUGAGAAAUUUGACUUUAUUACCGAACUUCAUUUCUUCAAAUGGGAGCCCUGGGAUUUGCCAGAUUUAUCCGGCAUACGGACAAAAGAUCUAGAGUGGUGCUUCUUCUCGCCACAGGACCGGAAGCACUCGAAUGGGAAUCGAUUGAACAGAGCAACCAGAGCUGGGUACUGGAAAGUGACUGGUAAGGAUCAAGAAAUCUGGUCUGGAGAGAGGUUGAUUGGAAUAAAAAAGAUACUGGUUUUCUAUGCGGGGCGCACUCCAAAUGGGAAAAAAACUGAGUGGGUAAUGCAUGAGUACCACGCAAUCAUGAAGGGGCUUGAUGGCACCGAUCCCGAUGGCGAUCAGAAAAUCUUUGUUCUGUGUCGUUUAUUCAAGAGAACUAACAAUGGUGGCAAUGGUCGAAAGCGAAAGCACUCUACCGAAGCUGGACCUGCCAAGUCUAAACGAAGGGCGGCUUCAGAAUCUUCAGCACUGGAAGUGCAAGCUGAAGAUCAUCCAACAACUAACGAAUCUCCUCAUUCUGAAAAUUCUGAUGUGAUGACAUAUGACACUAUAGCAAGUGUUGAGUGUGGUGACACCAAUUCUGCUGCAGAGAAUCCAGUGGUAGAAAUGGCACAAGUGAUAGCUGAUGAGGUUGAUCUGCAACCGGAGAGCAGCCUUUGGACCCCCUUAACUUCACUCUCCGAUACAGCUGCCAAAUCUUCUCCUGAAGAAGCAGAGACUGAACAAACCCAGGUAACAAUUGACAGUACUAGAGCACCUGUUGAGUGUGUUGACAACAAUUUUAAUGCUUCCGCUGCACAGAAUCAAGUGACAGAUACUGAGUUUGAUCAGCAACUGCAGGAAGAACUGAAAAUGCUCUCUGACCUGCUGGAAAUCCCACUAGAUUGGAACCACAAUACACCUGCCGUUCAAUCAUAUGACAACAAUUUUGAUGCUUACUCUGCAGAGCAUCAUAUGACAGAUGAGGAAGCGCUAAAUAUGUUGUUAGACCUGGAUUGCAACCCUUGACUCCCCAAUACACCUAGCGUUUCAGUAUUAG